AUGACGGUGGCCCAUGCUUAUGCCCACCUUUUUCAUGUUCUCAUUUAUAUUUCAAUCCUCCGCCAUGUAAAUAGUUCGGAAUCCGACACCCUUCUUGAAUUCAAGAAUUCUGUUACCAAUGGCAACAAGCUAACCACUUGGAACCCCUCCACCAUCCCAUGCAAUGGCAACAAACCCAAUUGGGAAGGUAUUCUUUGCACCAACGACGCCAUUUCGGGUAUAAGACUUGAGGGAAAAGGGCUCGGUGGCAUCAUUGAUAUGAACAUAUUAACAAAAUUGCCAUCUUUGAUAACGAUAAGUUUUCAAAACAAUAGUUUUGAAGGAGAAUUCCCGGAGUUCAAAAAGUUACGUGGAUUAAGAAGUAUUUUCUUGACAGGCAACAAGUUCUCCAGAGAAGUUCCUUCGAACGCUUUUGAGGGGAUGAGGAGGCUCAAGAAGCUUUAUUUAGCAGAUAACCAUUUCAAAGGUCGAAUCCCUUUCUCACUCACCACAUUACCAAGGCUAAGAGAUUUGAUGCUCCAAAAUAAUCAGUUUGAAGGUGCGAUACCCGUAUUUGUGAGUGAUAAAUUAAUGAUCGUAAACUUUGCAAACAAUCAUCUCCGAGGUACUAUUCCGAAACGCCUUCAAAAGUUUCCCGCAAGUCAAUUUUCUGGUAACAGCGAGCUAUGUGGACCACCAUUGAAGAAGUGCACGGCGGAGAUCCCCAUCAGCACGAUCAUCUUGAUAGCAUCGGUGGUGGUUGCAGCGUUGGCGGCGAUCACUGCCGCUUUCUUAAUCCUGCGACACUUCGGCCCAUCUGCAAAAGAUUCCUUUCAAGUACCACCAACUUACGUGAAGGGAGCUACUCCAUCUGAUCACCAUGAUAAGAUGGAGCAAGGUUGUGGUAAAACCGCAGCCAAGAAGAUUGAUUCAUCUCACAAGUUGACAUUCUUCAGAAACGACAUAGAAAAGUUCGAUUUAGCAGACCUGUUAAAGGCGUCGGCGGAGAUACUUGGUGGUGGGGUGUUCGGAUCAAGUUACAAGGCGGCUCUCACUCGUGAGAAAGUGAUAGUGGUGAAGAGGUUCAAGCACAUGAACAACGUUACAAACGAUGAGUUUGUGAAGCAUAUGAGAAGGUUAGGUAAGUUGAAUCACCCUAACUUGGUCCCACUUAUCGCAUUUUACUAUCAAGAUGAAGAGAAACUCUUUGUUGCGAACUACGUUCAAAACUUCAGCUUAGCCGUUCAUCUUCAUGGAAGGCGAUCUAACGUAAGACAAACACUGGAUUGGCCUACUCGGUUGAAGAUCGUGAAAGGUAUAGCGAGAGGGCUUCUACACCUCUACAAUGAGCUUCCAAGCUUGAUCGCACCUCAUGGUCACCUCAAAUCAUCAAACGUUUUACUAAAUCCAGAGUUCGAUUCGCUUCUCACAGACUACGGAUUGGUUCCUAUAACAAAUCAAGAACAAGCGCGAGAUGUCAUGAUCUCCUUUAAAUCACCAGAGUACAAGCAACAUGGACGUAUUACAAAGAAGACAGAUGUAUGGAGUCUUGGCGUGUUGAUUCUAGAGAUCAUGACAGGGAAGUUCCCAGCAAACUCGUUCCAACAAAGCAAAGGUGGCGACACAGAGCUUGCGACCUUCAUGGACUCGGUGAUGAAGGAGGAGCCGACGAGUGAUGUAUUGGAUAAAGAAAUGGGAGGGUUUGAUAAGCGUAACGAAGGGCAGAUGUUGACGUUGUUGAAUAUAGGAUUGAAUUGUUGUGAACCUAACGUAGAAAAGAGAUGGGACAUUAAAGAAGCUGUCAACCGGAUCGAGGAGGUGAGAGAAAAGAAUGAUGAAGAUGACAACAUCAAACAUUCAAAAAGACGACCGUGGUUGAGUUUUAAGAAGAAUUAAGGAUAGAGUGGGAUUUAGAUUAUAAUGACAAGGCAUGAGGGUUGAAGUACCACUUCACUAAACCAGAAAAUGCAAGUCAAAUUCGUUGUAGU